AGAAUUCAGCUUGAGAGUAGUUGGAGGGAAGAGGCCCGGGAGGUUGUACCUGUUGAGUGGAAUGGAUAUUCUGAGGCUUGGUCAUCACUAGUGAAAGACUGCAAGAGAAAGGCGAGUGUGGAACAGGAAGAACCACGAGGAAGGAAGCGAAGGCCAAGAAGCAGCGCAAUGUGACUCCCAUAAAGGGUCUGAAUUUCCUGCUACAGCUCCACGAAGAUGAUUUUUAUCUUCAACUUCUUGUUUUCUCCACUUCCCACUCCGGCCCUGAUUGGUCUUCUGACAUUGGGAGCUACGGUUUUCCUGUGGCUGAUUAACAAACCCAAAGCCGUCCUGCCUCCUAUUGACCUGAGCAAGCAGUCAGUAGGAAUUCAGGGAGGUGCCCGGAGAGGAGCCCUACAAAAAGAACCACAGCUUCUCUCCUAUUACUAUGACGAUGCCCGAACGAUAUAUGAGGUCUUUCAGAGAGGACUUCGUGUGUCUGAUAAUGGACCCUGCUUGGGAUUCAGGAAGCCCAAACAGCCAUACAGAUGGCUGUCUUACAAACAGGUAGCUGAUCGAGCGGAAUACUUGGGUUCAUGUCUCCUGCACAGAGGCUGCAAGCCGUCACCGGACCAGUUUGUUGGCAUCUUCGCUCAGAACCGGCCAGAGUGGAUCAUUUCAGAGCUUGCCUGCUACACAUACUCAAUGGUUGCUGUUCCCCUGUAUGACACGCUGGGACCCGAGGCCAUCAUUUACAUUGUUAACAAAGCUGAUAUUGCCACAGUGAUCUGUGACAAUUCUCAAAAGGCAACAAUUCUGCUAGAGAACUUUGAGAAAGGACUAACCCCUGGACUGAAGCUGAUCAUUCUGAUGGAUCCCUUUGAUGAAGAACUGAAAGCUAGAGGGAAGAAGCUUGAAAUUGAGCUCUUAUCCCUGUCUGAUGCAGAGCUUCUGGGCAAAGAGAACUUCAAAAAACCUGUGCCUCCCAAGCCUAAGGAUCUUUGUCUUAUCUGCUUCACCAGUGGAACGACAGGGUACCCCAAAGGUGCCAUGCUGACCCAUGAAAACAUCGUUGCAAAUUCAGCUGCUUUUAUCCACUGCGUUGAGAACACAUUUGUACCCUCACCUAAUGAUGUUACAAUUUCCUACCUUCCUCUGGCUCAUAUGUUUGAGAGAGUUGUGCAGACGGUUGUGUACUGCUGUGGUGCAAAGGUGGGGUUUUUCCAAGGUGAUAUUCGACUCCUCACAGAAGAUAUGAAAGCUCUGAAGCCGACAGUCUUUCCAGUGGUGCCUCGACUACUCAACAGAGUCUAUGAUAAGGUUCAAAGUGAAGCAAAGACUCCACUCAAGAAGUUCUUGUUGAACUUGGCCAUUUCCAGAAAGUUCAGUGAAAUUAAACAGGGAAUUGUUCGGCGUGACAGUAUCUGGGACAAGCUGAUCUUUAACAAAGUCCAGGAAACCUUGGGUGGGAAUGUCCGCAUAAUGGUAACCGGAGCCGCGCCGAUAUCCUCUCCUGUCCUGGUGUUCUUCAGAGCAGCAUUGGGCUGCCCGGUAUUUGAAGCUUAUGGUCAGACUGAAUGCACAGCUGGUUGCACUUUCUCAUCACCUGGGGACUGGACAACAGGGCACGUCGGGGCUCCUCUUGGUUGCAAUGAUGUGAAGCUUGAAGACGUAGUUGACAUGAACUACUUUUCAGUCAAUGGUGAAGGCGAAAUCUGUAUUAAAGGCACCAACGUCUUUAAAGGCUACCUGAAGGAUCCUGAGAAGACUGCAGAAACUCUUGAUUCCGAUGGCUGGCUUCACACCGGAGACAUUGGGAGAUGGUUGCCUAAUGGAACCCUGAAGAUCAUUGACCGAAAGAAGAACAUUUUUAAGCUGGCUCAGGGCGAGUACAUCGCCCCGGAGAAGAUAGAAAAUGUGUACAUUAGAAGUGGUCCAGUGGCACAAGUCUUUGUACAUGGGGAGAGCUUACGGUCAACUUUGGUGGGUGUGGUCGUGCCCGAUGCAGAUGUGUUCCCUGGAUUUGCAGCAAAACUAGGGGUCAAAGGCUCCAUGGAAGAGCUCUGCCAGAAUGCAGUUGUGAAGAAGGCUGUCUUAGAUGACCUGCUGAAAGUUGGCAGAGAAGCUGGCCUGAAGUCCUUUGAACAAGUCAAAAGCAUCCAUCUUCACCCGGAGGCAUUUUCCAUUGAAAAUGGACUCUUGACACCAACGCUGAAGGCCAAGAGGACAGAACUUUCCAAAUACUUUAAGAGCCAAAUUGACGACCUAUAUUCAGUAAUCCCAGAAGUUUGAAGGACGAGACCAUCUCUAUCGGACAUUCACUGAGCAGAUAUGUGAGGCUUAAAUCCAAAAAUUUUAUGUACCCUCUUUCUCCCCAUUUUGUCAGCAAGUCACCAGGUGAAAUCGAGUGGUUGCAAGGGGAAGAAAAACUCACACUGGAAUCCUGUCCCUAAAGCUAGUGAAUUUCCCCUUUGCUUUUUUUUUUAAAUCCCUGGAGUAGUGGUAUAAUGUGAUUUUUUUUUUAAUUUUUCGAAGGAAUAUCUUUGUUCAACACCAUAACUUGUUCCUUUAAGCUCAGUUCCGGGUUUAAAUUCAGGGUCAGACUACCCCAACUGUGUCAUGAAAACUCUUCACUAUCCACAUCCAGGAGGCGGUCUGGUUAAAACAAGCUCUUUUCGAGGCUUGGAUUUUCCAGAUGGGCGGCCAGAACCUAGCAAAUAAAUUACCCAAAGCGGGAGGCUGACAAUUAGCUGGUUUAUUUAAUCCUGCUUUUUUUUAUCUCCCAGAAAAAGAGUUUCCUUACGUUUUGGAGAGACUAGAGGCUUUGUCCAUGUCACCUCCAAUAGAAUCAUCUUCUUCGAUCUUUUUUUUUUCUUGUUUCCUUGCUUUGGGUAAUUCUAAUUGACCAAGAGAUUUAACAUUAGAAACUGAAAGCUUUUGAGUCUUAAAACUAAGUGUGGUGAUGAUCAAAUAACACCCUGCGAAAUGCUGUAGCUCGAGGGUAACAAAUCCCAUUUCUUAUUGACAGACAGACUCUAGUUAUUUAAUUAAAAGGAGGCAUGCUCUUGCUUAUGGGUGUGCUCCAUUUAUACUCGAUACCUGGAGUGCAUCCAACCCAUUCUAAGGCCACAGGCACUUCAGUUGGGAUAUUGAUUUCCACACUAGGGCCAUCCACAUUUCCAAGGGUUGUUAACACCUGCCUUUCCCUCUUCCGGAAGCAAGCCUGAGCCUUCUGAAGAGAAAAUAUACUUAGCUGCUGGCCAAGACAGCAGCAGGGGACAAGAACAUGCUUAACUAGGGACAGAUAUUGCCAGGAGAAAGAAAAAUACCUCCACAACCUGCCUCAGAGGUAUAAUCUGGUUCUAGGUUGGAAGUGGUGCAUCACUGAAUGUCAUCAUCCUACCAAUUACACCCCUAGACAUGUGAUUUUUUUUUCCAUAUGUGUGUAAAGAUAAAGCCUUUAUAAUAAAAUGUUGCAGAUAUUUAA